AUCCACACAAUUCUCACAUUUUUUCUUAUAAUUUUACCGCCCAUUUCACUAGAGAGAGGGAGUAAUUUGAUAUUCUUCCAUUGAACCUUCAAGACCUCAAAUUCCAUUGUAUAAUAUGACUGUUAUGCCCUUGAAAAUCAACAAGUAGCCACAAACAGCAGAGAAGUGUUCAUUUUCUGAAAUUCAAAGGAAGACAAAAUGGCUCACAAUUCAGGAAUGUUAUCGAGGGAUCAACUGCUUUAUCUCUUUGAUCGAUUUGCUUAUCUCACUUCUCUUCCUGAUGUCAAGAAACGCAUAGCUGAUGCUGUUCUUGAUAAUCAGGAAACAGUUGCUGUGACUACUGCAAUCCAAGAGGAGAUCUUUUUAGAAAUGGGUGUAGAUCCUGGCUUUGGGAUUGGCUGCCUGGGUAAAGUUAAUCUGGUGUAUGAGAAUGACCGAGACUUGAUGAUUCGCUUUUAUGGAUUUGUGGCCAACGGAAAUUGCAGGGAAGAAAAGGCCUGUGAUGAAGCUGAGCUUGGAACGGACGAGUUUGCUAAAAAGAUGCAUAUUCAGCAUGAUCUACAAGCACAGCAACUAGAGAUGCUGAAGUAUAUGCGUAAAUUUCACGUGGAUGAUCAAUCAACUAUUCUCGAAAAGUUGCAUGAGCAAAUGCAGAAUGCUGACUUCAACAGCUGGGCAUCUAUCAUGCCUGUGGAACAAAUAGAGGAAAUCAACAAAAGCAAAGCAACCGAAUAACAAGACCAAACUAAUGGUUAUUAUAGGAUUUCCCCAAUUUGGACUUUUAGCCAAUUUAUGUCAUCUCUUUGAGCUUAUUAUCUUGCAUCUAAUUUUGAACUUGAAAUUGUGUAUAUAAAACUAUGUACUUUUUAGUCAAAUUCGUUCAACCGAAACAACAUCAUCAUCAUAUCCAGUGUAUCCCGCUCAUAGAGACUAUGAGCAGGAUCUGGGGAGGGAAGAAAGACGUCAACUCAUACCCAUAAAGGAGGAUGCGGCCAAAGAGUCCUCCGGCUCUUUGUUAUUUUUAAGAUAAGGUUGCUUAUAUUGACAUCCGACCUCCUCUCCACAGAAUUAUUCUCUUUGUCCCAUUAAAUUUACUAUAUGUGCAAUAAAAAGCUUUCACAUUGAGAAUAUAAACGUGACAAAUCUAAUGAAACAGAGUAUGCCAAACUUU